UUUUUCUUUCUUUCUGUCUUCGGGACUGGUGGUUUGAAUGGUCAGUUGAAUACCCUGCAGGCACUGCAUAGAAUUCCAACCCCGGGAGAAGGCGCUCGGAUGGGUGGUGAUACUUUGGCUUUUUGUAUCUCGCUUUAAUGUUUGCUUUUUUUAUUCUUUUACACUUUACAGGGAUAUUUUGGUCUGGGGAUCUUCACUUCUUAUCAGUUGUACUACUCUUGACACAAAGACCCCCACCUUCGGUGUUUGGGAUUCAAUUUCUGGAUGUUUUUGUACUCCGUUUGAUCCUUGCAAUGACACUAAUGACCGCUCCAAUGAAAUCUCGUGGGCUUAUCUGCUAUUUUUCUUUUCUUUUUUCUCGAACGACACAGUUACGGGUGUUUCUUGAAAAUACCGAAUACGAAUUACUGGGAGGUGGUUUUAGGAUGAAGGCUUGCGGGGCUAAUAACGAUUCGACGUAGAACUCCAAACCGCUGAUGCUUGAUUCAUGUUAUACGCUUAGAAACAAAAGGCUGAAUCACAACAAAG